UGAGCUACAGGCAGUUAGAUUUGGGUAUGUCUUCUGCCUCGGGCUGAGCUACAGGCAGUUAGAUGAGGGUAUGUCUUCUGCCUCUGGGGCUGAGCUACAGGCAGGCAGUUAGAUGAGGGUAUGUCUUCUGGCGCAGAUUGAGAACAAAGGGAUGCAGCCAUAACAGGUUAAUGAGUAACAUGUUAAACAAUUAAGACCUAAUUCAGGACUUCAAGAACUCCAGUCUUGACUGUAUAAUGUCAGUUGCAAGCUACCGAUGUGGCUGACUAGCUGUUGUUGUUGAAGAAGACCUAAUUAAGACCUAAUUCAGGACUUAACUCCAGUCUUGACCGUAUAGGGGGAGAUGACUGUUAUAUCGAAAAAGCGAGAGGAGGAAACUGGAUAUCUGGGCCCCGUUUCCCAAAGUUAUCUUAAGGCGUCUAGGCAUGGUUCUACAGAUGAAGAUAGCCGUGAAAUGCUUUUGGGAAACCGGGGCCUGAAAAACACUAGAGAGAGACGUGACUAUAGUGGAUCCUCUGGGGAGCCUCAACAACAGCAUGAUGCUGAAGAGACAGAGGAGAGUCUCUCCACAUCAGAACACCUCAAACACCAGCGGAGACACACAGGGAAGAAACCUCACCGCUGCUCUGACUGUGGGAAGAGAUUCCCCUCUUCAGCUGACCUUAAAAGACAUCUGAGAAUCCACACGGGAGAGAAACCUAAUAGUUGUGAUCAAUGUGGGAAGAGUUUUAGUGUUACAAGCAGCCUGAAAGCACACCAGAGAAAACACACAGGAGAGAAACCUUACAGCUGUUAUCAGUGUGGGAAAAGUUACCUCAUCUAGCCACCUGACCAUACACCAGAAAACACACACAGGAGAGAAACCUUAUAGCUGUGAUCAAUGUGGGAAGAGUUUU